AUGACACUAUUGAAUUCUAUUCCCUUGUCAUUAUUUCUUACCCUUUUACUCCUAGUUUGGUCUGCUGCUUCAAAUUCAAUUGAUCAGAAUUUUUCAGAAUGUUUUUCCUCUCAUUCACAGAAUACCAAGCCAAUUUCACUAGUUCUCCUGACAAACAACAGUUCUAAUUACUCACAUGUCUUGCAAUCAUCCAUCCGAAACCUCAGAUUUUCAAAUACCUCAUCGCUAAAACCCGAAUUCAUUAUCACCCCAUUUCAUGAAUCUCACAUUCAAGCAGCCGUAAUCUGUGCCAAGGCAUACAAUAUUCUUAUAAAAAUACGAAGCGGAGGUCAUGAUUACGAAGGCCUUUCUUACGUUUCUGAUGAGAAAUUUGUACUAAUUGAUCUUGCCAAUUUGCGAUCCAUCAAUAUCGACAUAGAAAAUGAGAGCGCAUGGGUUGAUUCUGGCGCAACUCUCGGAGAAUUUUAUUACAAGAUCGCAAAGAAAAGUAAUGUCUAUGGCUUCCCUGCUGGUAGCUGUCCUACUGUUGGUGUUGGUGGACAUAUCAGUGGAGGUGGAUUCGGAACGAUAUUUAGAAAAUACGGAUUAGCUGCUGAUACUGUUAUUGAUGCUAAAAUAGUCGAUGUUAACGGGAAAAUUCUAGACAGAAAAUUGAUGGGAGAAGAUCUUUUCUGGGCGAUUAGAGGAGGAGGAGGCGCGAGCUUUGCGAUAAUCUUUUCCUGGAAAGUGUGGUUGGUUUCAGUUCCUCAAGUUGUAACAGUUUUCAGAACUGCAAAAACCUUGGAACAAGGUGCAGGUAAGCUUCUUCAGAAAUGGCAAACGGUUGGUUAUCAGCUUCCUGAAGAACUUUUUCUCCAUGCUGUUACAGAAAUGGUGACAACAAGCUUGAACGGAACUCGCAAUCGAACAAUUCAAGUCUCGUUUCACGCAUUGUAUCUUGGAAGAAAAGCCGAGAGGCUUCUCCCUUUGAUGCAAUCUGAAUUUCCUGAACUUGGAAUUACAGGCGAAAAUUGCAGGGAAAUGACUUGGAUUCAAUCGGUGCUCUACUUUGCAGGUUUCUCCAUAAAUGAAUCGUUAGACGUUCUGCUCAACCGGACAGCACAAUUCAAGGGCUAUUUCAAAGCAAAAUCAGAUUAUGUACAAGAACCAAUUUCAGAAACAGGACUAUCAGGACUAUACCAAAGACUCGUGGAAUCAGGAACGUCGACAUUGCUAAUCCUGACACCUUACGGAGGGAGAAUGAACGAGAUUUCAGAAUCAGAAAUACCAUUUCCUCACAGAAAAGGAAACUUGUACAAAAUCCAAUACAUAAUAACUUGGGACUUGGAGGAGGAAACAGAGCGGAAUAUUGAAUGGAUGAGAGAUUUGUAUUCCUACAUGGCGGAUUAUGUUUCGAAGACGCCUCGAGCUGCUUACAUGAACUAUAGGGAUCUUGAUUUGGGGAGGAACAAGAAGAAUGGAAAUAGUAGCUUUGCAGAGGCUAGUGUUUGGGGUUUGAAGUAUUUCAAGAAUAAUUUUAAGAGACUGGUAACUGUAAAGACUGCAACAGAUCCUUCCAACUUCUUCAGGAAUGAACAAAGCAUCCCAUUAUUUUCAUCAAUGAAGAACAGAAGCUACUAA